GAGGCGCCGGACGUCGCGCGGCGGUGGCGGCCGGCGGCGAAGCUGGAGCGGCGGUGGCGGCGGCGGCGGGAGGCCGGGGCUGAGGCCGGGGCCGGGGCUUCGAGGCCCGCGGGGCGGCAGGCGACGGUGGCGGCGGCGGCCCGGGGCUCCAGCCCGGAGACGGGAGCGGCCGCCAUGGCCGAGAGCAUCAUAAUUCGUGUCCAGUCCCCAGAUGGGGUGAAGCGGAUCACAGCCACAAAGAGAGAAACAGCUGCAGCGUUUUUGAAAAAGGUUGCAAAGGAGUUUGGCUUCCAAAAUAACGGCUUCUCAGUUUACAUCAAUAGAAACAAGACUGGAGAGAUAACAGCAUCGUCGACUAAAUCCCUCAGUCUGCUCAAAAUCCAGCAUGGAGAUCUGCUGUUCCUGUUUCCCUCGGGCCUCGCUGGACCCUCCUCGGAAAUGGAGACGUCGGCCCCGCUGGGGCUGAAGUCCUGCGGUGCUCCCAGCGUGGUGGAGGAUGAGAUCGACCAGUACCUAAGCAAGCAGGACGGGAAGAUUUAUAGAAGCCGCGACCCACAGCUGUGCCGACACGGCCCCUUGGGGAAAUGUGUGCACUGUGUUCCACUCGAGCCAUUUGACGAGGACUACCUGAACCAUCUUGAACCUCCUGUGAAGCACAUGUCCUUCCACGCCUACAUCCGAAAGCUGACCGGGGGGGCCGACAAGGGGAAAUUUGUUGCUCUGGAGAACAUCAGUUGCAAGAUUAAAUCAGGGUGCGAGGGACACCUUCCAUGGCCUAACGGCAUCUGUACUAAGUGCCAGCCAAGUGCCAUCACGCUGAACAGACAGAAAUACAGACAUGUGGACAAUAUCAUGUUUGAGAACCACACAGUUGCCGAUCGCUUCCUUGACUUUUGGAGGAAGACAGGGAACCAGCAUUUCGGGUAUUUGUAUGGACGGUAUACAGAGCACAAAGACAUUCCUCUCGGCAUCAGGGCCGAAGUAGCUGCCAUUUACGAGCCUCCUCAGAUUGGCACACAGAACAGCCUGGAGCUUCUGGAAGACCCGAAAGCUGAGGUGGUAGAUGAAAUUGCUGCCAAGCUUGGCCUGAGGAAGGUUGGCUGGAUAUUUACAGACCUCGUCUCAGAAGACACCCGGAAGGGCACCGUCCGGUACAGCCGGAAUAAGGACACCUAUUUUCUGAGUUCGGAAGAAUGUAUCACUGCAGGAGACUUCCAAAAUAAGCAUCCUAACAUAUGUCGACUCUCUCCAGACGGACAUUUUGGCUCCAAGUUCGUCACUGCGGUGGCUACAGGUGGUCCCGACAACCAGGUCCACUUUGAAGGGUACCAGGUGUCCAAUCAGUGCAUGGCCCUGGUCCGUGACGAGUGCCUCCUUCCCUGCAAGGAUGCCCCCGAGCUCGGCUACGCCAAGGAGUCCAGCAGCGAGCAGUACGUGCCCGACGUGUUCUAUAAGGACAUAGACAAGUUUGGCAAUGAGAUCACCCAGCUGGCCCGGCCCCUGCCCGUGGAGUAUCUGAUCAUAGAUAUCACAACCACUUUCCCCAAGGAUCCAGUUUAUACUUUUUCUAUUUCGCAAAACCCAUUUCCUAUUGAAAACCGGGAUGUAUUGGGUGAGACACAGGACUUCCACAGUUUGGCCACCUAUCUAUCCCAGAAUACCUCAUCCGUGUUCCUGGAUACCAUCUCGGAUUUCCACCUCCUGCUGUUUCUGGUCACCAAUGAGGUCAUGCCUCUGCAGGACAGCAUCAGCUUGUUGCUGGAGGCCGUGAGGACCAGAAAUGAGGAGCUCGCGCAGACGUGGAAGAAGUCUGAGCAGUGGGCCACCAUCGAGCAGCUGUGCAGCACCGUCGGAGUGCAGCUUCCGGGCCUCCACGAGUACGGAGCUGUCGGGGGCUCCACGCACGCUGCCUCGGCCGCCAUGUGGGCCUGUCAGCACUGCACCUUCAUGAACCAGCCGGGCACCGGCCACUGCGAGAUGUGUAGCCUCCCUAGGACCUAGGGCUCCCGGCCCCUGCUGGCAGGACUGGGCCCACCCCAGCCCUCUCUGAAGCCAGGAUCAUUGUAACCAUUGCCCCAUGGCGGGCAGCCCUGAAGGGCGGGCCAGGGUGGCUGCCCUCGGGUCUCUGACCCACAAAGCUUCUCAGCACCAGGCAUCCCUGGAGGGAGAGCUGGGCUGGUGCUCUGCGGGCUGACACCAGCCUUCUAGUGGAGCGGCACGACGGCCCCCCUGGACGCCCCAUACCAGCCUCCGAGGUGGUGGAAGGACCUGGGCACCUCGGAACCAUCACCUGGGGCUGGGAGGGGUGGGGAGGGCUUACUGCUGCCAUCCAGCCUUCUCUUCCCUUCCUUUUGGAUGCUUUUUGUUCUUGCCCCUCCCGUGGUUCCCGUUGGGAGUGUUUGGUGACCUCUGUGCACUGUUGCUCUGGGCUGACCCUGCCUGUGAGGGCCCUUUCUUCCCCUGCCGGCGGCCGUUGUCUAGUGGAAACAUGAGUGGGCCCAGGGUUGCUGGUCUCCCUUCUGCCUGACCUGCAGGUUAAUUUGCUGCCCGCCUUCCUCCUCACGCUCACCUGACAUCCAGGUGGGGUUUUUAAAGUCUGCGUUGGUUGUAAUAACAGUUAUCAGUAAUUUCUGCCCAGAAGACUUUUAUUUAUUUCUUUUUAAGAUAAAAACUACA